UGAGCAGGAAGAGGGUAGGAUCCCCCAAAGUUGGCCCUGAGCCAGCCCUCUCCUGCCCACCAGGAGAUUUCAUGAUCCCCUUCUUCAUCAUUCUCAUCUUCUGCGGGAUGCCCUUCUUCUUCAUGGAACUCUCCUUAGGCCUGUUUGCAAGUCAGGGCUGCCUGGGGGUCUGGAGGAUCAGCCCCAUGUUCAAAGGUGUGGGCUACGGCAUGAUGGUGGUGUCCACAUACACUGGCAUCUACUACAACGUGGUCGUCUGCAUCGCCUUCUACUACUACUUCUCGUCCAUGACGCUCUGGACCUACUGCAAUAACCCUUGGAACACGCCCGGCUGCUUGAGUGUGCUGGAUAACCCCCAAAUCACCAAGAGCUUGCAGCUUCCUGCCCUGCCUGGCAACGUCUCUCAGGCGCUCAACCAGACCCUCCUGAGGACAAGCCCCAGCGAGGAGUUAGGAGAACCAAAGGAGAGCCACUGCAGUUCCCUGAGCCCAGGGCUGUCGUCACCAAGCUGCGUCUGGGAAGGGCCGCCCGGCACCCCUGCGCUCUGCUGA